GUGCGCGAGGCAGCCACGCAGCAGGCCAUCGCCAUGGGCCGCAUGGUCGGCGACGGCCAGCUGAGCCUGCUCAUCGUCGACAUGGCCGUCGACCCAGCGCACCAGCGCAAGGGCUUGGGCGGCGUCGUGCUCCAGACGCUCCUCGACUGGAAGCAGCAGCACUGCCCCCACGCCUACCUCUGCCUGCUGGCGGACCCGCCGGGGAUGAAGCUGUACGCGCGCCACGGCUUUGAGCCCAGCAUCGAGCAGGGCAUGACGCACUUUUCCGGCUUUGUGGGCGACAGUCGCCGGCGCAAGGCCGCGGCGGCAGAAGCAGCGGCAGCAGAAGCAGCGGCAGCAGAAGCAGCAGCAGCAGCCCAAGCCUGAGCAACAGACAAUGAAUGCAAUUCUCUCUCUCUCUCUCUAUGUAAAUUGGGUGGGAUAUCGCGCCGGACUGGCUCAGCUGACGAGGAUGAA